AUCUUCUCAAAGCAUAUCAAGCUUUCUUCACUCUUCUGAUCCUUCAAUUAAUUGUCUUUGAUAAUCAUCAUCAUUCAAAAUGUUUUUUGACUUCAAGUCGAUCGCCCUCUAUGGGCUCAUGGCAGUUUCCUAUGCCUCUCCUGUUCCCUUCUCUUCUUCUGCGGAAAACGCACUCACCAAGAGAAUCCCCUACAACGCCUAUACUUGCCCCGAUGGUACCACCUUCACCCGGGAUGAGGUCUACAACGCUGUCUACAAGUGCCAAUCAAACAAUGAUAAGAAAGUCAGCGGCUACCCCAAGAAGUUUGGAAACCAGAAGUCGGAAAAUGGCCAAACCGUCAAAGUCCUGACCAAUGUUCCGGAUGGAACGGACCUGAGAGAGUUCCCUCUCAUGAAGAACAAAUGUUACAGUGGUGGACAACCUGGUAAAUACCGCGUGGUUACCGACUACACAGGAAAUGGUGGCUACGGUACCUUCAGAGGUGUCAUGCAGCACACUGGUCCUGCUGUUUCUAAUGAUUUUACUGCCUGCACCGUUGCCACCAAGAAGGAGGACAAACAGGAAGAGAAAGAGGAAAAGAAAGAGGAUAAGAAAGAGGAGAAGGAGGAUAAGAAGGAUGACAAGAAGGACAAGAAGAGCAGGGACGUUGAGGUGAAUGAGGACGAUGAGGACCUUGACAUCUACUACGACGCCGAAGACGACACUCUUACCAAGCGAGGCAACAAGGAAGACAAGGAAGACAAGAAGGCAGCCAAGAAAGAGGGAAAGAAGGAGAAGGACGGCUCUGGCUUGUUCAAUGUUCCCUGGGAACUCAUUGUAAGAGACGACACCACCUCUAACAACGACGACACCCCCAUCUACUAUGCCACCGAUGCCAACACCGAAUUCGAGGAUGCCGAGGAGUUUGACACCAACGACAACGCAAGCACCCUCGUCGAGCGCGGCAACAAGAAGAAGAAGGUCGGCAGUGCUACCUGCGGCAGCACCACUCUCUCCAAGGACGCUGUCGGUGCUGCCUUCAAGGCGAUGAAGAAGCUUGAUGACCCCACGAGCGGCAACGGUUACCCUCACUACUUUGGCGGUGGCAGCGCUGUCUUUGGCACCAGCAAGGAUUUGCGCUCGUUCCCCAUCAUGGAGGAUGGAUCAGUCUGGAACUAUGGCACUGAGCCUGGCUCAUUCCGGGUGGUCAGCGACUACAGCGACAACUUUGUUGGUGUCAUGGUUGAAUCGGCUGGCAGCAAGUUUACUGCCUGCACUAUCAACUCUGAAUAGAUCGGGAGGAUCUGACGUUUCUGGUUAUAUUUGCAAUUUCUGGGCACUUGGGAGUUGGGACGGUUAUAGAAUUGUUUUUUGGUCUUGUUAUAUAGCGAUACAAUUUCAUCAUUCAUUAUGAACUUC